AGAGAGAAAAUGGAAAUUGUACGAUCUCAGAGGAAAACGUCUUCGGUGGACGCUAUUCCAAUCCUCCCUUUGUACCGAUCUGCUCCGACGAUCGAAGUGAGACUGGAAGAUUUCGAGCUAUUUGCCAUCGACCGUCUUCGGGUUCUAAAAGGGAUUUCUGAUGGUUUAUCACGCGGGAAGAAAUCCGAGGAAAUGGAGAAACUGGUAACUGAUCUAUGGAAGACUCACAUGAGACACCAGUGUGCAUCAGAGGUUAUUAAUAAGGAUAUAAUCUCCCAUUUUGUUCUUCGUCUAGUUUAUUGCAGAACUGAGGAACUGAGGAAAUGGUUUUUGCAAAUGGAGACUGCACUUUUCCGUUAUCGAUUUCGGCUGGAGAUCCUUGACGCUCAGAGGGCACUUAUGGGAGAAUUUGACCUUCCCUGCAAACAAGUCAGCAACUCAGAGUUUGAGGUUCUAAAGGAAAAAUUGGGUCAACUUUCACGUUCCAUUGCUCAACCUUUACCAACUGCUGAUACCGUAUUCUUCAAGGUACCCUUUGAGGAAGUCCCAGAUCUUGUUUCCACCCGCAGAGUUUUAAUAGUGAAAGGUUAUGCAUAUGUUGCUGUGAAUCAGGUGGUUUCCCUUGUUGUCACUCAUUUCCGCAGUCUUUUAUCAAAGGCACUUGUGCUGACAAACAGAAAAUGGACAUCCACCAUCAGUGGGCAAGAGAAGGACAGGUUGACUCCUAUAGUGGAAGCACUGAGUACAAGCUAUCUGGGUCCUGAUUAUUCUCAGCCCAAAGAAUUUGUAGAGAUAUCAAUUAAGGACAUUGAUCAAGUUGCUAAUACGUCCUUUCCUCUUUGUAUGCGUCACCUGUUUGAUAAGCUAAGAGAGGAACAUCAUUUAAAGCAUGGAGGAAGGAUGCAAUUGGGUCUUUUUCUCAAGGGUGUUGGCUUGAGAGUGGAUGAUGCUCUUGCAUUUUGGAAAGCAGAGUUCUCUCAAAAGGUUGGUGCUGAGAGGUUUGACAAGGAAUACGCAUACAGUAUACGCCAUAACUAUGGAAAAGAAGGAAAGAGAACAGAUUACACACCCUAUUCAUGUCAAAAAAUAAUCUCAUCAACUCCUGGUGUAGGAGAUCAUCAUGGCUGCCCUUAUCGCCAUUUCAGCGAGGAGAACUUGAGAGCAGCCCUUGGUAAGAUGGGAGUUGGUGGUCGUGCAGUAGAGGACGUGAUGGACAAAGUUCGAAAUCGGCAUUAUCAGCUGGCUUGUACCUUGACAUUUGAAGCUGUUCAUGGCACCUCGUGUGAUGCUGGAAUCAACCACCCGAACCAAUACUUCAGCGACAGCCAAAAGAUCCUUCAAUCAAAGAACAAUACUGUAACAUAAGGAAUGACUAUUUUCAGGUGCUACAAGGGGCUUCUGUUGUUCUUGAGGCUGGUAGUGAUAUGCGGGUAUUACGGAACCGACCAUGAAUUUCCACACACAAAAUGUCCAUUAAAAGAGCUAAUGCCAAUAUCCGAAAUUUCACCUACCUUUUUAAUCUAU